AUGAGUAAUGAGGGUGUAGCCAUACAAAUUGGUUACUAUCCAGGAGAUGAACUAGUUAAGCCAAAUAGUAAGGGAGGAUACUACUAUGAAAGUGAUGGUGGUGGUAGAGUUAGCAUAACUGUGGAGGAUUAUCCUAUAAAAUAUGGACCGUACUUAAAGUUAACACAUAGUGUAGAGGAUGGAAAUAUUGGCAGUAUUACACACAAUAGCGUUCUUCAGAAUGGAAUUACUGGCCUGGGAGGUCACAAGAGUGUCUCAGUCUACUACUGGUCUCAGGAUCAUGCCUGUAGUAAGCCACUAAUCAUUCAACUAGAUGAUUCUGAAAAAUACUACAAGAACGAUCAUGGUACUACUUGGAACGAGGAUAAAGAGGUACAUGGUACUCUCAGGGAGAGGCUCAACAAGCAGAACUGCGGAAAGAAUGAGGCUCAUAUCGUGAAAAUUACAGAGAAAAGUGCUUACUCAUGCUCUGGUUGUAGUGAUCAAAUCAAAGUAUCACCAAACAGUAUGUCAACUUACAUAUACUCUAAACAUUAUAUUGGUUAUGCACAACUCAUCUCAGUAACUAGUUUCAGGGAUAAUAGCAAUGAUCAGGUUGGACUACCACUUGUUAAAGGUGUCUCCACUAUCUAUGUCUACUUUGAUUCAAAAGUAAACGGAACACCCCUCCUUAUUCACUAUAACAAAGGCGAGCGCAAGUGGUACAUGAGAAAUACUAAAGAUAGCCAUACCUGGAGUGAAGUUCCCCGGGAUGAGAGACCUAAAGAUCCUGAUGAUGACAGUGAUAAUAAAAUAAAGAAACUUCUUGGGAAAGGUUCUUAUCAUCCUGAAAUUACUUUAGACCUAUCAAAUCCCGGUAAUUACUCUGAUGAAAGUACAGGCAUAAGUAUAACCGUGAGAGCUACUUCAGUUUAUGGUGGAUAUUCUAAAUUCGAACAUUCUCUGAGAGGUGGUACCUUUAAGGUCAAAAGUGUUGUACAUGGAGGAAAUACACUGAAUGGUAUAACAUCGAGCACUCCUGUGAAUUCCGUAUCAUUCUUCUAUUGGAGUGAAGAUUCUUCUUAUGCUAAUCCCCUCCUUGUCCAACUUGGAGAAAAUACGUAUUAUAGUUGGAGUUCUGGAAAUGACUGGGGUCCGGAUUCAUCUUCUGACUUAAUAAGAAAACUGGACAAACAGAACUGCAGACGUAAUAGUGCACAUGUUGCCAACAUUUCACAUCAUACUACUACCAGCUACAAUUGUUAUGCCUGUAGUGGUCAGAGCAUUAACACGGUAUCCUCAGAUGAAUCUGGUGGAAAGUACAAGAAAGUAGUUCACACUAUAUCUAGUGCUGGUAAUGAUAAAAUUGGUAGGGUUGAUGAUGGCCAUCCUCCACAGUAUGGUAUUAAGAUUACUGCUAGUAUCACAUCACUUACUACAUUCAACUAUCCAAAAGCGAAUAAUAAGGCCCUAAUAAUCCAUGUAGGCAGUGGUUGGUUCAAAAGGAAACGUAAAGAUGGUGAUGAAUGGGUUUCAGCAGAGGAGGACAAAUUAGAUGGUGAUGAUUCUUCUAACAUUCUCCCACUUUUGAAGAGUAUAAAUGGAGACAAGGAAGGACUUUCUGAAGAAGUGAAGAAGGGUCUUGAGAUUGGUGGUGGAGUACUAGGAGGCUUAGCAACGGUAGGAACAAUAGUUGGUCUAGUAAAGAAGUUUUGGAGUACCAUAGUUACAACCUUAAUUACUUCCGUAUAG